UCUGAACCAGUUAGGAAGAAUGACUCUGGAGUCCAUCAUGGCGUGCUGCCUCAGCGAGGAAGCCAAGGAAGCCCGGCGGAUCAACGACGAGAUCGAGCGGCAGCUGCGCCGGGACAAGCGGGACGCUCGCCGGGAGCUGAAGCUGCUGCUGCUGGGCACGGGAGAGAGUGGCAAAAGCACGUUUAUCAAGCAGAUGAGAAUCAUUCAUGGAUCAGGUUACUCUGAUGAAGACAAAAAGGGCUUUACAAAACUGGUGUACCAGAAUAUAUUUACAGCAAUGCAGGCCAUGAUCCGAGCCAUGGAUACCCUCAAAAUCCCAUACAAGUAUGAACAUAACAAGGCUCAUGCGCAGUUAGUUCGAGAGGUUGAUGUAGAGAAGGUGUCAACUUUUGAGAACCCUUACGUAGAUGCAAUAAGAAGCUUAUGGAACGACCCUGGAAUUCAGGAGUGUUACGAUAGACGACGGGAGUAUCAGUUAUCAGAUUCAACUAAAUACUAUCUUAAUGACUUGGACCGCAUAGCAGAUUCCACCUAUCUGCCAACUCAGCAAGAUGUUCUCAGAGUUCGAGUCCCAACAACAGGGAUCAUUGAAUAUCCUUUCGACUUGCAAAGCGUCAUUUUCAGAAUGGUGGAUGUAGGAGGCCAACGAUCAGAAAGAAGAAAAUGGAUACAUUGCUUUGAAAACGUCACAUCUAUCAUGUUCCUAGUAGCGCUUAGUGAAUAUGAUCAAGUGCUUGUGGAGUCAGACAAUGAGAAUCGAAUGGAAGAAAGCAAAGCACUGUUUAGGACAAUUAUCACAUAUCCAUGGUUCCAGAACUCUUCAGUCAUUCUGUUCUUAAAUAAAAAAGAUCUCUUAGAGGAGAAAAUUAUGUACUCCCAUCUAGUUGAUUAUUUCCCAGAAUACGAUGGACCACAACGAGAUGCACAAGCAGCACGAGAAUUCAUCCUGAAGAUGUUCGUGGACCUAAAUCCAGACAGUGACAAAAUUAUCUACUCCCACUUCACAUGUGCUACAGACACAGAGAAUAUCCGCUUCGUCUUUGCUGCUGUCAAGGACACAAUCCUACAGUUAAACCUGAAGGAGUACAACCUGGUCUAACUGUGCCUAAGAGGCCCUACAAAACCAACUUCAUGUGAUUGAAGAUACUCCAGAGGGACUGUAUUAUCUGUGAAAACAAUUUGCAUAAUACUAAUUUAUUGCCGGCCUGGACUCUGUGAGUGUCCACAGAGUUUGUAGUUAAUAUUAUGAUUUUAUUUAAACUAUAUUGAGGAAAAACAAAAGAUGCUGAAGUACAGUCACAGCACAUUUCCUCAUUUUUUUAGGCACAACCUUGUGACUCAAAUGUAUUUUAAAUUCUCAGUUGUGCAUUUACAAAGGAUAGCAGUUUUUUGCUAUUGAAGCAAAAUUAAACUGGUUUCUUCUUUCCCUGUCCCUUUCUCUCUCCCUUCUUCCCCUUCACCCUUACCAUUUACAAGGUACCAUGGCCUUUUUUUUCCCUUUUUUCCAGUUGCAUUCCUGGGUGAAAUACAUUCUGUUGAGUGUUUCAGUCAGGCAAAUGCUAUCGUCAGAAUCUAAGUCAUCAAUCAUUCUAAUUUUACAGUAUGUGCUUUCUCUGAAUAAUCAAAAGUGUUGAUACUGUAGUUUCUAAAUUCUUGACAUGGGUAUCUUCAUUCUGUCUUCACUUUUGAGACUAUAAUAUUGGGAUUGCUAAACAGAAUUACAGACUUCUAAGGAUAUUAAAUUUAGCCUUAUUUUCACAGUUCAGGAAGGGGCAGAGAAGACAGUAAUGAAAUAGUUAAGACACAACCUGGGAUGUAUGUGUAGUAUGUUAGAAUCUUUUUUUAAUUGCCAUGUGCCAUUUUUUUCUCUCUUCUUUUAUUCACAAAUGCCAAAUAGAAAUGUCAUAGACACUACGUUUUCCCCAGUGGCUACAGCCUGAAACAGUGGGGGUGUUUUUUUCAGUUGUGUGGGAUUUUUUUCUUAAGUUAGAGCUUUUUUAAGUGUUCUUUUUCCACAGCAGAAAAAUUAUUUUUAUUGUAUAAAAUGAUUGUUGCCAAACCUGGCUUUUUAUAAAACCAAUGCUCUUGAAACAGAAGAUACUGAUUGAAACGCCAAACUGAUGGGUUGGGAGCUGAUCUGAAUGAGUCAACUGCCAAAUGAUAAACAACCACAGUUUCAGCUUGUGUGUUCCCUUUUUUAGAAACUGUUCCAUUUUCUAAUGCCAAAACCAAGUGUGAGUGAAUAUGCUAUGAGGUGCACCAUGUACACACAUGUGGUCUACUAAUUUACAGACAGCUUAUAUCUCUCCUUAUGUCAAACAUGGCAUAAGAUUGUUUUCUGUAAUAUCAAGGCACCAUUAGUUGUAAAACAAGAAAACUGUUUGUGAGAGAUCACUUUUAGGAACCUUUCUUUACAAGGUUGCUUGUUAAUUGAUUCUCAGACAUAUGAUAGGCUUUUAUUCGAAACAGUCUCUCAGAGCUCUUUAGAAAAGAUACAUCAAUGCAAGCGAAACAGUGAGAAAAAUUCUCUUGGAAUUUAAAUGUGCAAUUUUUUUAACAACAGAAAUGCAGCACACAUUGAUGAGCCUUUAUUCUGCAGCUUAGGUGGAAAGGUGUUUUUUGACUGGGUCCAAGAUUGCCAGCAAGUUUGAGAAAACUCAGGAGUUGAGACAUGAUUGGAUCAAUUACCUGCAAUGCCAAGUAGCAAUAGAGUACAUGUAACACAGAAAUUGCUGCCUCAUAAGCAGCAUAUGGGAGGUGGUAAAGAGAAUGGCUUGUUAGUUGUUUACCAAAGUUAGCGAUAAAUACUAAUGAGGCAUUUUUCAUCCUUAACCCUUCCAACUCCAAAACAACAAUAAUAAGAACAGUUGCUAAUUUUGACUCCCUCUUAAAACACCUUGUAAUUUAAAACUGGUUGUAGGUAUAGUGCAAUUAUGAAUGCUAUAAUCAUUGUACAUACAUCUAUAUAUAUAUAUAUAUGGCAGCAUCCAUAUUGGCUUUGUAAUCAUUAAUUUUUGGCAAAUUGAAUGUGCUGUAUUGAUAUGUAUCUAUGUAAUUGUAUGUCUUAUAGCUAAUUCACAUUUUAAAUAAUGUUAUUUUAUUUACUUUUUUUAAGAGAGAAGAAUGUAAAUUUUGUCAGUUUAUUUCUGACUAGGGAUUUGUUGUUUUUUAUUUUACAAAAGAAAAAAAAUUACUGUAGUACAGAGUGGUACUAGCAUCGUGCUGUAUAAAAUCAUUUGCACAUUCCUGAGUAGAAUAUGGAAACACCCAUAUUGAGGCCAUUCACAUACAAAGUAAUGCUUAAAUCUUGUCAGGGCUUUAAGCAAGUGUAGAAACAAGUCUUAUUAGAAGAACGUACACCUUUGUAUCUAGGAUUGGAACACAAGCUUUUAAUUAUAAAUUUAAUUUAUUUUUGGCAGAUUCACUUUAGGUUACUCUUCUGAUGGGCUUUAAUAGGAAAGUAAAUUUAGAGGCAUUUCAAAGCAUUGUACAUAAGUACUAAACAGCAUACACUGUUGCCCUGAAAACACCAUGAAGAAUUACGGAACAUCAGAUCAGUCAAACAGUCUUUCAGAAACGGCAGAAAUCUUAGAUAUAUAAUAACAACCUGUAGCAACAACAACCAUCAAAAAGUCACUUUUAUUAAUGAUUUUAAGGAGUUAAGGUGUUCUAUUUAAUAAAGCUAAAGCAGAUAGAUCUAGCUUAUAAAAAGCAACACUGACAUUCUGAAUAGGGGAUCAGAGCAGUAACUCUUGCACACAGCAUAACAAAAUUGGUCCUAAACUUGCUAUAAAUGCAUCAGAGCUGCUGUUUUCACAGUGCCAGUGUUGACAAUAUCUCUUCUUUUAACCUGGGAAUACAUUGCCUGUGCUGGAUUCAGUGCGGUAAAUGG